UGGAUUUUCAGGUUCCACGGAGUGCGUGUUAUAUGUGUGCGUGUUGUAAUGUGUGUGUUGAGUGUGUGAGAGAGUUUGUAGUGUGGUUGUAAACGUUCCCAGCUCGGAUACUGUCACCGCCUUGCACCGCAGGCAGGCGCCGUGUUCCUACAUGCAAGUUACCGUCGCGGCUCCACAAUCGUUGGCCAGCAAUGACCGAGAGCCCCGCGACCAAGCCAGCCAACGGGGAUGUGUGUCAGCGUGUGAUGAACGGACUGAAGCUGGACAGAAACGGCUUGGUGAAGAGCCUCCACAGCUGCCAUGAGCGGCAGCCCAAGCACCACUGCCACCCCGAGGAGGAGGAGGUCCACGCAGCAUCACAUCAUGGUGGCCUGUACAUCCGACCCUUUCUUGAGUCCUUUGAGGAGACGCCGAUGCUGGUGGCAGUGCUCACCUAUAUGGGCUACGGCAUCCUGACCAUCUUCGGCUACCUCCGAGACUUUCUGCGUCACUGGAAGAUCGAAAGGUGUCACAUCGCCAGGGAGAAGGAGGAACAGAGGGACUUUGUGCCGCUCUACCAGGAUUUUGAGAACUUUUACACUAGAAACCUCUACAUGCGUAUAAGAGACAACUGGAACAGGCCCAUAUGCAGCGUACCAGGGGCCAAAAUGGACCUGAUGGAACGAGCCUCCCAUGACUACAACUGGACUUUUAAUUACACAGGCCGGGUCUUGCCGGAUGUGAUUAACUUGGGCUCGUAUAAUUACCUCGGCUUCGCUGAGAACACGGGUCCAUGUGCUGAGUCUGCAGCCGAGGUCACCAUGAAGUACGGCGUCGGAGUUGCAAGCACCAGGCAGGAGAUCGGUAACCUGGACAGACAUGAGGAGAUGGAGAAACUUGUGGCUAAGUUCUUGGGUGUGGAGUCAGCCAUGGCAUUUGGGAUGGGUUUUGCAACCAACUCCAUGAACAUACCAGCACUGGCUGGCAAGGGCUGCCUGAUUCUGAGUGAUGAACUUAACCACGCCUCUUUGGUCCUGGGAGCCAGACUCUCCGGGGCCACCAUCAGAGUCUUCAAACACAACAAUAUGCAGAGCCUUGAGAAACUGCUGAGAGAGGCCAUAGUCCACGGGCAGCCCAGGACUCACAGACCAUGGAAGAAGAUCCUCAUUGUGGUAGAGGGCAUUUACAGCAUGGAGGGCAGUGUAGUGCGCCUGCCAGAGGUGAUUGCCCUGAAGAAGCGCUACCGGGCCUACCUUUACCUAGAUGAGGCCCACAGCAUAGGGGCCCUGGGGCCGAGAGGGAGAGGUGUGGUCGAUUACUUUGGCCUAGACCCCUGUGAUGUGGAUGUCUUGAUGGGCACAUUUACCAAGAGCUUUGGUGCUGCAGGGGGAUACAUCGCAGGGAAAAGGGAGCUUAUUGAGUACCUGCGCUCCCAUUCCCACAGUGCGGUCUACGCCACCUCCAUGUCUCCUCCUGUGGUGGAGCAAAUCAUCACUUCUAUGAAGUGCAUUAUGGGAGAGGAUGGCACAACAAUAGGCUGUGAACGUGUGCGACAGCUGGCAGAGAACACAGUCUAUUUCCGCAAGAGGCUUCGAGAAAUGGGCUUCAUCAUCUACGGCAACGAGGACUCACCUGUUGUACCCAUGAUGCUCUACAUGCCCGCCAAGAUAGGAGCGUUUGGCAGGGAGAUGCUGAAGAGGAACAUCGGGGUGGUGGUCGUUGGCUUCCCUGCUACACCGAUCAUCGAAUCCCGGGCACGCUUCUGCAUCUCAGCCGCCCACACAAAAGACGUGCUCGACAGGGCGCUGAGUGUCAUCAAUGAGGUGGGAGACCUUCUUCAGCUCAAGUACUCCCGACACAAAAUACAGCCAUCUUUGGUGCGACCCUUUGACGAUAAUGUGUAUGAGGACAUUGAUGACUGAUGAACCAUUCCUCUCCAUAAAGUGGGGUGAACCACAACAACCCCCCCAAAAUACAGAACGGGUCAAGAUGGAUCACAAGUCUUCCACAAGGACCGCGAUGUGCACAGGUGCCCCUUGUCACUAGCUUGCCAUAAUGUAACCCCCCCCCCAACAAAAGGAAAACACUUAAAACUGUCAUCUAAUUCUACUUUGCCUUACAUAAACAUGCAGAACUUGUGGUGCACACACUGAAAAACAGCACUUCGGCUUUUUCCUGUGUAUUUUUUUAUUACUUUUUAUCGUUUUGUGUCAAAAAAUUUUAUUUCUAUCUGUGUGUGUGUCUGCAGUGCUUGUAGUAUUUGUCAUGUUAAGCCUUGUGGUUGUGUAUGUGAAGUGGACAAACGCCAACUUUCCAAAUGUCUCUUCAACAGUGAACUGCUGGGAUUUUUUCAUAAUAUGGAUCUAAAGUGAACUUUAAUGGGGUAAAGUUAGAUUCAUCAAAACAUCAAUCAAGCGGCAUGUUCUUUCAUCCAGUACCAGUUGUCAUAGGCCGAAAGUGGAGAGCACUGGAUGUUGCAAUGUUUGAACAUGCAAGUGACCCGAUUUCAUCCCUGUCAGUCUAUUACAAGAUAUAGCACCAAGUGAAAUGGGAUUGUGUUAUUAUUGAUCCAGAUCUGGACUGCCAUUGGACAAUUUUAACAUUAUACUAUUCAUGUGCUGAUGGGAGAACCCCAACAUCCACUUGGCAUUGUUUAGAGACUUUAGAGACUUCUGUGGUGGUGGUGGUGGUGGUGGUGGUGGUGGUGGUGCACACUCUACUAGGGAACUUGUAGUUUUGUUGAAAGUAGUUUUGUAAGGUAAAACAGAACUCAAACUUUUCCCCAUUUCAUUGUAGGGAAUAAGACGAGUCUUAAAACCCAGAGGCCGUACUGCUCCUGGAACCUGACUUCACCACGCAUUUUUGAUCACGUUACAUCAUUGUCAUUCCAUCCUUGGUUCUCCUAGACCAGGGGUCGGCAACCUUUACGAUCAGAAGAGACAUGUUCUACCAAAAAUGAUUUAAAAAAAUCUAUCUGGAGCGGCAAAAAAAUAUUAAGCCUGAUAAUGAAGGUAUUGCAGCAUAUAAAAUCUAAACUAGCCUGUCAACAUUACAAAUAGAUCCGAUUGAGCAUUCAUUAAUAUGUUUUACCACUAGAUGACACUGCAGUGGGCUAUUUUUGAUUAUUUGGAACUUGAAUUCUGCAGAGUUGGCAGUGAAAGCAAAUGAGGCUUUCCAUGCACUAUAUUAUUCUCUCUUCUCCUCAGAGACUUUUACUUUUUUUGGAUUUCGAACCCAUAGUUAGCCAAGCUAGGGAGAUUUAAGACUAGCCACCGCUCCUGAUGUUUGGCAAAAUUUGGAGGAAAAGGCGCCAGGCCAUAGAUGUUUGAAGCAGAGUUGGCAGUUACAGCAAACAAAUCUCUUCACAUAUAAAUAAAUUCUAUUUUCUUCAGAAACUUUUCUCUUUUUGGAUUUGAAAUCUGUAGCUAGCCAAGCUCGGGAGACUCAGGACUAUCGUAGACACCGCUAUUGACGUUUGGCAAAAUGUAGAGGAACCAUGGCCCAGACGCUGGGCUGACGUCGACUGAUGCAUAAUUUAGUUGCAGAAAUGUAAAAACGUUUUUUUUAUUUGGUGUAUUGGCUACUCAUUUUUACAGUUGAAGAAUGUCAGAAUCACUUAGGGCCUACAGCACUGAUAAAUGUAAUUCAAAUUGUUAAAAAAUAAGUGUUAUUUAUUUCCAUAUGAUUUUUUAAAAAAUUUUGUUAAAACCAAAGGGAGCCACUGAAGAGGCGCUAAAGAGCGGCAUGCGGCUGCAGUGCCUCAGGUUGCUUACCCCUGUUCUAGACAGACAAAAAAUAUAGAACCUCAGAGUUAAAGGAAUACCUCACCCACAAAAUGGCCAUUUGUGUAUCAAUUACUCAUCCUGUGUUAAGUUGAAUUUGUUUGUCUCACAUGCCUCCACGGUGAAGGAAGAAUCCAAAAACAAAGAACAUUCUUGAUGAAUUGAAGUCAUAGGGGUCCAUAUUUGAAAACGGCAAAUCUAUAUCAAAACAUCUGUUCAUAAACUCACAACUCCUGCAGUAUAAUCCCAGUCUCAUUAGUCCAGUAAGAUGUUAAGUUCUUCUAAUGCAUUUUCUCUGUAAUCUAUUUAAAGCACUUGCACAUAAACAGUCUCACACGGAUGAGUCGUGGGCCUGGGAAAUUCCAUUGAAUGCAUAAGCAGAGUUAGAACGCACGCACUUGCCCAGGUGUGCCAUUCGUCUGUGCAUGAGACUGUUUGUUUAUGCAAAAGUGUUUUAGAGAAUAUGGUUUUAGCAAAACUGCAUGUGUGUGGAAAGUAAUGAGCAUACAACUGGAUAAAUGAGACUUGGAUUAUACUGUGGGUUUGUAAACAGAUGUGUUGAUAUAAUUUUGCUGUUGUUAAACAUGACCCCCUCUGACUUCAGUUCAUCAAAAAAUUUCUCUAAUUUUGGAUUAUUCAUUCACCGCGAAGGCAUACAUGAAAAAUGUAAAGUAUUCCUUUAAGCAUAUCACUUCCAUCAGUAGUGGUGCUGAUAGUAUCAGAAGAUUGCUAUCUAUCAGAGGAUGUUGAACAGCAGACACUGCAAUGACUUGUAAAGAAACUGUUGGACAUUUAUGGAAAUAUGCUUAUUUGUUUUUUUUGCCCUCAGCAGUUAGAUGAAAAGAUCAAUACCACUCUCAUGGCCAUUUGGUAAAUAUAGAGCAAUAGCCAACAGACCCUUGGUUACUAGCCCAAAGAGAAAUAGUCCCAGUCCGUAACUCCCCAUAAAACCACAAAUUGUUGUUUUUGCAUUCUGGUUUUUGCACCAAUUUUACACAGAUGCCUUCCCCUGUUUCCAGUCUUUAUGCUAAGCUAAUAACCUGCUGGUUCCUGCUUCAAAUGCAUCAUACAGACACAAGAACAGUAUCUAUUUUAUCUAAAUUUAAAACAAACCAUAUAAUGUCACUUCCUGAUAUGUGGAACUGUUCCUUUAAUUCCGGACCAGUUGGGAUUAAAUAUCAAAUACUUGCUAUAGAAAGUCAAUAAAAAUGAACUCUGAAUAAUUAGCGUUAAAAGCCAUGAAAACAAAAAGUCCUGAACUAUAGCUUGAGAAUUUUAUUUACCCAACCUAACACCAGCUCUGGGUCAGUGUGACAGUGCCAAAAUGUAAAUGAAUCUAAAGUACUAGUGGGCAUGUCAUUAACCAUGUUAUCAUAUUGCGCCUGCACACAGAGGACAAACCUUAUGCUGCAUAGCUCCAACAAUCACCAACUGUAAGUGGCAUUAGCAAAAUCUAUCAAAAUCAGCAAGCAUAUCUGCAUCCAAUCCAAAUACGACAGCUAAUUAGUCCGUCUUUUGUUCUGUAAGCAAAUUAUCAGUGGUUGAAUUAAAAAAAGCAGCUUGACUAAUUAAAAUACCAGCUUUCAUUAAUGCUAAUUGAAGAAAGCAACAUAAUGAAAAGAACUCCAAAUAUCAAGGGAAUUUAAACCAUUAUUGUCUGUUACACAUGGAUUUGGCUGGCCUCUUGUUCCCACAGCUGUGUUACAUGUCAGCAUCACUGGCAUCCUUCAGUGUGAUUGCAUGUUUUGUUUUGUUUUUUACUUGACCAACUCUUGGUGUUAUUUAUACAGUUAACCGUAUGACAGAUAACCUCAAACAUCAAGUUUAACAUGACUCAAAGAGUUGUGAUUGUCAAAAUAGUCUUUCUAUUCAAAGGCCAAUAUCUGCCCCAUAUAAAGUCCAGUCAGCCCAGUUGCCAGAAGAAAAUGUUGGCAUUGUGUGUUUCUUCAAACAAUGAAUACGUUACAUUUCCACAUUUCAUACGUGUCAUAUCGUUUCUAAAGUGAGUUAAAAUACUAGCCAACUGUCACUUGGAGGUGGAAGAGAUGGUGGAUGGGCAUCACCUAGACGAGAUACCUGUCAGGCUGUCGACCACUGUUCAAGACUGACAAAAAACAAAACUGGCUAUUUUUUUUAGCCAGUCAUUGCUGUAUUUCCAGCUGCAUUUUGGGCACCAACUGUGGAACCUGUCUUUGUUUCCUGUGGCUUUUCAGCCCUGAAACACUGGGCUGUUUUGCAACCCAUUACUAUGUUUCCUGCGGCUUUUCAGCCCCCACAUGUGGGUGUUUUUUGGAGACCAAUCCAUGCGUUUCCUGACGCUUUUUAGCCCUGAAAUGUGGUUGUUUUUUGGAGAUCUGUAGCUGCGUUUUAAGCGGCUUUUCAGCUCUAAAAUGUGGGUGUUUUGUAGAGACCAUUGCUGUGUUUCCAGCAGCUUUUCAGCCCCCAGACAAGGGUGUUUGGUAGGGAGCUGUUGCCAUGUUUCCUGAAGCUUUUCAGCCCUCAAACAUGCCUGUUCUGAAAGGACCUGUCUGUGUUUUCUGAGGCUUUUUAACCUUAAAAUAUAGGUGUUUUGUAGAGACCUUUUGUUGUGUUUCCAGCAGCGUUUCAGCCCCCAAAUGUGGUUUUCUUUUUAAGGGACCCAUUGCUGUGUUUCAGGCGCCUUUGAGUCCCCAAACAAGGGUGUUUGGUAGGGACCGUUUCCUUAAGCUUUUCAACCCUCAAACAUGACUGUUUUGAAGGGACCUGUCGACAUGUCUCCUGCAGCUUUUCAGCUACAAAAUUUGGGAAUUUUUGGAGACCAGUCCAUGUGUUUCCUGAGGGUUUUUAAAGCUCUAAAAAUAUGGGUGUUUUGUAGGGACCUAUUGCUGUGUUUCCUGCUGCUUUUCAGCCACCAAAACUGGGUGAUUUUAGGGACUUGGCGAUGUGUUUCAUACAGCAUCCCCAACAUGGGAGUUUUGGCAACCUGACCCUUUUUUUUUCUAGUGGGGAUAGUGCCACAAACAGCAGUUGGUGAUAUUUUAAGCCCAAACAUGAUCUUUUCCUGUACAUAACCAAGUGGUUUUUGUUUCUAAACUACCACAGUGCUAUUGAAACAUAAAGUUUCAACAUAUCCGCUACAUAAUAACGUGCAAGUGUAACGUAAAUCUGUGGUUUGCAGAAACGUGCAAUGCCAACAUUUUUUUCUAACAGUUGGGUUUGUCCAGUUCAUCGGUGUCAGAGCUCCAGUUUAAAGCUGAAGUCUCGAGGGUCAGUUGGUCACUCCAUGCAGUGCAAAAAGUGGAACAUAUUUUUUAGAUACUUAUGUCUUUUAGGCAAGACAGAAGAACAUCUAAACUAUUAGGACUAGUCUGGAUGUAAUUCAGUGCUGGUUGUAAUAUCCUACAUUUCCACCCCAUCUCUUGGGUGCUUAUCAGUAAAAGCCUCAUUGCUCUACGUCUGAUAAUGUUUUAAUGCUUUGUAUGACAAAGUGCUAUCUUUGUGCUGUGAUUUUAAAGUCAUUAAUAUUUUCAAUCAGUGUGUGACUGGGGUUGGGUGUCCGUGCUUGCUUGCUUGCAUGGUUUUGGGUAUCGAUGUGGGUGUGUUUGUUACUGCACUUUAACCUUGCUUUUCUACACCUGUCUUUUGAACUCUUGGUUUAUCUUUACAUUGUGCUACUGAGCUUUGGGACGACAACACUCCUAAAUGAAGGCAGCUGUAAAAAGAAAUCCCACAUGCAUACAUUCCCACCUGCAUGUAUGCACACUGACAAGUAUUGUGUAACCACUCGUUCCUCAUACUAAUGCAUGUACAGUAAGAAUUAGUCGCUGCUCUGCACCACAGCCAGUGGCGCUCGAUGAAAUACACUGUUCUGCUCGGUGUGACUUUUUUGAAUGUUGUCAUAAAAAAAUCCACUUCAUUCCAGAGGAGUUAACAUGUCUGUGUGGGCUCUAGGGAGGAUCUUUUUUUUCUUCCGUAUUCCUGUUUAUCUGUUACUGUAAAUGAGAGAUGUUUAUGUUAUUUACUUUCCUUACUAUAGAAAAAGUAUCAAAACCUAAAUCUUGGAAUAGCAAAUGAUUGUCUGUGAGCUGAAAGCUAAGAGUUACAAUGUUACUCAUAUAGAUGCAGAAUGUUUUCUUUUUUACAUAUUUUAAAGUUUGCACACAGGAGAGUCAUCAACUGAUACUAAAAGCAGGCAUUUAGAGCAUAUUUUAAUAUAAAAAUAGACUUAUAUAAAACUCUGAGACCUCAUGGCCUGACGUCUUAACGAUGCUAUUCUUAAUCUAAAUUAGAUCUCUACAGAACCUUCACAACGAUUGGUUCUUGAUAAACAGUAACCAGAUGUAAUCAUUUGGUCCUGAGUGUGAAUACUUCAAUAUGUUCCCAUAAUGAUCUGAACUAUUAAACCGAUACAAAGGCAGGAAAAGCUUCAUGCCUCUUUUACGGUCUUUGAGCUUUGCUGGUGUAAGAUGGAAGAUGGUCCUGAUAUUUUGUACAAAGUUUAUAUUGUUUCAUUGAAAAGGAGCUAUUCAGAAUAUUUUGUUUACUAUAGAGUGACCUGGGAACGAUGGUUAUCACUAUUACUGGCAGCUUUAGUUGAGAGCGCUCAAGUAUGCCAUCAAUAGAGGAAAUCAUUUUAAUGGGUGAGUGCAAGUUACCACACGUCAGAGAUAAUUAUUUUCUGAUAUAGUGCCUUUUGAAGCAAAUGAUUUUCUAAGAAUUCUGAUUAUAGUAAGCGUUAUGACUUGGAUUGUUCAUCUUUUAUGGUCUUAUUUGACUUCUUUUACUACUUUGUCUUCAACAAUACUUAUUAUUAGCACUGGAUGUGUUCUCUGUUGACUAAUUGCCAUGCAUUUGAUCAUAGAAAAUGCACUAUUUGCAACAUAUCAGCAAAUUAUUAAUAUGUAAAGUGUCACCCAUGUCAAUGAUAUCAGUAGAUCAUUAAAACAAUAUAAACAAA